UCUGGCUCAUGGCCGGCUCCAGCGAAAGCAUGGGAAGCUGGCUGCGAGUGGCAGUUCUGGCGUGUCCGGCGUCUUGUGCUUUGGCUUGCGUGGCUUUGCUGGAUUCCUCUGGUGUGGAUGCUCGGGAUUCUCCCGGCUGACAGUUUGCGGCUGUCUGUCUGGCUCCUCUUGCCAUUCCCGGUUCUUGGCCCGAUCCGGACUGUGCUACGCCGAUGGGGAGGUCCGCUCCGCUGCGUGUUCCGUGGGGCAGGAGGGGCCCGUGUCGACUUAAAAAACGACCCCAUCAUUGUUCGUCCCUCUCUCAUCUUCCUCCACGUCAUCAUACCACGCACGAAAACUACAACAACUCUCAUCUCCAUCGCCGCCGCCAAACACCAUGGUCGUCAUCAACCUCGGCUACACAGCGCCCGUCAACCGGCCCGGCCAGCAGCCGGUGCUGACGCUGCAGCAAGUCUGGGAGGGCCUGCAGCACAAGAUGCGCCGCGCCGACAAGUUCGUCCCCAUCAUCACCGCCUGCGAGGUGCUCGCCGAGGAGGAGCCGUCGUCGCCCGCGGACGGCGGGCCGCGCGCCGUCGUCACGCGGCGCGUCACCUUCCAGCCCGACACGGGGCCCUGGGGCAAGAGCACGGUCGUCGAAGUGUGCAGGCUGUACCCGCCGUGCCGGAUCGACUUCGUGCAGGAGGACGGGGCCACGAUCGGCAACUACGUGACGCAGGGCCCCAGCGGGGACCCGGCGGACUUGCUGAUGACGUAUGUGUUUCAGUGGAAUGUGCCGCAGGUGGCGGAGGGCAGUGCCGAGGCCAAGGAGCUGGAGGAGAAGUACAGAAAGGUAAGAUUUGUCGAUGGUUUGGUCAGCCGUGUCAUCUGUUGUGGUUGCUGACUCGGUCUGGUUGUAUAGACGGCCAAGCUGGCAGUGGAGUCAAGCAUCGAGACCAUCAGGAAGAUUGUUACUGGGGAGCUGACCCUGGACUGACACGGAUUAUGGCCGCGACAGAGAGGGACGGCAAUGACCCUGAUUAAGUGACUUGUGGCUUAGGGAAACGUGCGCGUGGGUUGUUAUUGUGCCUGGAGAUAACCUCGGCAAGGUCGUGACAGCUCAAAGAAAAUU